GCCGCCGUACACUGAUCCGUAUUCCCGACAAGCCCGCAGGACGCGGCCAGCCACUCCCUUGAGCUCCUGCUAGCCAUCUUUGUGCUUGGAAAUGCUCAGGGCAUCCUGCCUCAGACCAACCUUUCAUCGCACCUACCUAUUUACUCCCAGAUUCACUCUCGUCCAUCCCACAUUCCGUACUCGGCUUCGACUCUCCUCCACCAGUGUCCCGCCACCUCUCCGACCAUCAGAGGAGAUACAACCAGACCGUUCAGAGCCUUCGAAACAAGAGCCCGAGAAGAUCACGUCACCUAAUGUCGAUGCACUCAAGGAAGUCAGAGAGCGGGUGCAGCAAUGGUCGACGCACACGGCUACGGCCGCGCGCCAGCGGAUAGACCAGUACACCGCAACCCUAGCACGGUCAUUCUCGCAACUCGGGAAGGAGAUCAACAAGAUGACGGGAUACGGAGAGAUCGAGGAGCUGAAGCGGCUGGUGGUGGCACAGGAGGCGCGGAUAGAGGCAGUCCGGCGGGAAGCCCGUGAAUCCAAGGAGGCGUACGACACCGCCGUUCGGCAGCGCGCCUCGUCACAGCGGGAGGUGAACGACCUCCUGCAGCGCAAGUCGACCUGGUCGGACCAGGACGUGAUCCGGUUCACGGAGCUCGUGCGCAAGGACCAUCUACACGAGCAGGAGGAGACGCGGGCGAAGCUCGCCGCGUCCACCGCGGAGGAUGCGGUGGAGCGCGAGUUCAGCGAGCUCAUGCGCGUCAUCCUGAAUCGCUACCACGAGGAGCAGGCGUGGUCGGACAAGAUCCGCAGCGCGUCGACGUACGGCUCGCUCGCGGUCAUGGGCGUGAACGUGUUUGUGUUUGUGGUGGCGAUCAUGUUCGUCGAACCGUGGAAGCGAAAGAGGCUUGCGCAGACGUUCGAGCGCAAGGUUGAAGAGAUGUCGGCGGAGAACGCGGCGAUGCUCGAGAGCAAGGCGGACGCACUGGUCAAGCGGAUGGACUCCCAGGACCGGGCAUUGACGCAGAUCAUGGAAACAGUCUACUACUCAACUCAGCCGCCUGAAGUGGUGUCAACGGUAGUUGCGGAAGCGGCUGACGCAGGUGGACGUGCAGUGGGACGGACUCGGAUUCUACACGUACUGACUUCUGAUCGAGCCAUUGCCCUUGCAAUCGCGUCAAGUGCGGCGGUCGCAGGCGUUGUAGGUUGGCUAGCUCGCACCUGGUACGGCUAGCAGCGAUGUAUCUAGAGAAGAAGCUACUAAUGACUGUACUGCUUCA